UCUCUCAGCUGACUCUGUCUCUCUCUCUCUCGCUCUCUCUAGAUUUCCCUCUUUUUUAUUCAGCCCAUUGGCCACCUCCGUUUCUCCAACUCCAUUACAUUUCUUAUCCCUGCCUCCUCUUCUUCUUCUUCUUCUUCUUCUUCUUCUUAACGUUUGAUUUGCAAUUUCCCGGGAGCAUCUAUCUGGUCAGAUCACUCGUCUCUCGAGAAAAUGAAGAAGGUGGUGCUGAAACUGGAUAUGCACGACGACAAGUGCAAGAAGAAAGCCAUGAAGAGAGUCUCCGGCCUUGCAGGAGUUGAAUCAAUUGACAUGAACGCGAAGGACAGCAAAUUGACUGUAACAGGGGAUGUGGAUCCAGUCGAAGUGGCGGGCAAGCUGAGGAAGAUCUGCCACACAGAGAUCGUGUCGGUUGGGCCGGCGAAAGAAGAGAAAAAGGCGAAGGAGCCAGAGCCGAAGAAGGAUUCGCCGAAGAAAACUCCGGAGGACGAGUACGUGGCUUGGUUCCUGAAGACUUACGGGUACCACCCGGCAACUAUCUAUUACCACCGUUCUUUGCCCACCGUUUCCACCUCUUUACCUUCUGUAAACCCCACACAGCCCACUGCUCACCAGUUCCCUGGAUCUGCCCCUGUUAAUUACAGACCCGUAGAAGAGGAUCCGAAUGGCUGUGUUAUUUGCUGAAUUCGCAGUUGUUGCCAUGAAGCACGGCUGGGUGGGGAAAAAGGAUUACCUUCCAGCAAAACAGAAAAGAAAGAGGGAAGUAGUUUUAUUUUGUGGUGAUGGUUUUGAUUUUGGGACUUUUGUUUUUGUAAAUGAUGAUUGGGGGCUUUAUGUUCGGUGGGUGGUGGUCUUUUGUUUUCAAUAAUUUUCAUUAAAUUUGAUGUUCUAA